AUGAGCAAACGAGGAAUUGGCGGGGGUGUACUGAGUGGUACCUCUGCUGGAACAGCCGUGGGAACCACUUCUAUACACUUGGGCGAUCCAUUACCGUUGCCCUACAAAAUCGCGUCCGUCGAUGACGAUGACACUGCCGUGGACACCAUAGCAAGAAAGACAAACAGAAUAGGCCUGGGCAGUCUGGACGACAAGCCUAAGUCCGAUAUCGAGUACCGUCCCGGUCCACGACGCACGCUAGAGCUCAGGAAGCCAUUGGUCGAAGAUCCAGUAUCCGUUUCCCAUCGAAGACAUAUCUCUGGAGAUGUGGGUCUCGAACCGCGGGAUGAAUAUGGUAGGGAGCAUAUAAUCGUCAGAAAGGGCAUACGAAGACCUCCAUCCGAGAGCAAGCCACAGUUCAAGCUGGAUCCGUACGAAAGUGUGCCCAAGAAUGUGUUUCCCAGGAAGAAAUACGAUAUUGUGGAGAAGGUCGAUCAUACCGAGACCGUUCCUCGCAGAAUUCCCUCGGUAAGGAGAUUCGGGUUCGAUCAGGGUGUCAACAAUGGUGAAAUACAGUCAAACUACCUACCCUCCGCUUCGACACACCCAGGACACGAGGAUACGACCCAAGAGUUGGACGAUCCCCAUGAUAUCACGAUCUCCCAAAUCGACGAGACAGCACAAGAGCUUAUUAGCUCCAUAGACAAUGACCUCAAUAAGCUCCAUCUCUUGAUUGUGAACAACCAGGAUACCAUCGACGAUGUCAAGGCUCUUGAGUCGAUCAAAACGCAGGUAGAAAAGACAAUAGGGGCGACCGUGUCGAACUUGAGCAGAGACCGUCACGAAACCUCUACCAAGGUUCCCACCAUCCUUGAAGAGUUGGAUAGGCUACAGAAGCUCGACCGGAAGAAUACUAAAUACAGCAUUCAGCUAGAUUACCGUUAUGCCAUCGUGUUCGUGGCGGUAUUGGUGUUCUUGGUUAGUUCAUUUGUUGUCUCUGGAUUGAACUAUGAAUACUGUUAUUACUUCUGUUGA